AUGGCCCCCAGGGACAGCGCGGAGCCUCUGCCUCCGCUACUCCCUCAGGGCUGGGUGUGGCCUGGAAAGAUAGUGGUGAUGGGUGCCCUGGCAGGCUUCUGGGUCCUCAGCCUGCUCACCUAUGGCUACCUGUGCUGGGGCCAGGGUUUAGAAGAGGAAGGUCCCCGGAGAACUGAAGAUGGAGAGAGAUCAGAACCAGGCUCAACGGCCACUUCCCAGCCCCAUCUCAUUUUCAUCUUAGCUGAUGAUCAGGGAUUUAGAGAUGUGGGUUACCACGGAUCUGAGAUAAAGACGCCCACUCUUGACAAACUCGCUGCCGAAGGAGUUAAACUAGAGAACUACUAUGUCCAGCCUAUUUGCACACCGUCCAGGAGCCAGUUUAUUACCGGAAAGUAUCAGAUCCACACUGGACUCCAACAUUCUAUCAUCAGACCUACCCAACCCAACUGUCUACCUCUGGACAAUGCAACCCUACCUCAGAAGCUGAAGGAGGUCGGCUAUUCAACUCAUAUGGUUGGGAAAUGGCACUUGGGAUUUUACAGGAAAGAAUGCAUGCCCACCAAGAGAGGAUUUGAUACCUUCUUUGGCUCACUUUUGGGAAGUGGAGAUUAUUAUACACACUACAAAUGUGACAGUCCUGGGAUGUGUGGCUAUGACUUAUAUGAAAACGAUAAUGCUGCUUGGGACUAUGACAAUGGCAUAUAUUCGACACAGAUGUAUACUCAGAGAGUGCAACAAAUCUUAGCUUCCCAUGACCCCAUGAAACCUAUAUUUUUAUAUGUUGCUUACCAAGCUGUCCACUCACCACUACAAGCUCCUGGCAGGUAUUUUGAACACUACCGAUCCAUUAUCAACAUAAACAGGAGGAGGUAUGCAGCCAUGCUCUCCUGCUUGGAUGAAGCGAUCCACAAUGUGACCCUGGCUCUAAAGAGGUAUGGUUUCUAUAACAAUAGUAUUAUCAUAUACUCCUCAGAUAAUGGUGGACAGCCCACAGCAGGAGGAAGUAAUUGGCCUCUCAGAGGCAGCAAAGGAACAUAUUGGGAAGGGGGCAUCCGGGCAGUUGGCUUUGUGCACAGCCCACUUCUGAAAAACAAGGGAACAGUGUGUAAGGAACUUGUGCACAUCACAGAUUGGUACCCGACCCUGAUUUCACUGGCUGAAGGGCAGAUUGAUGAAGACAUUCAGCUAGAUGGAUACGAUAUCUGGGAGACCAUAAGUGAAGGUCUUCGUUCACCCCGAAUGGAUAUUUUGCACAACAUUGACCCCAUUUACACCAAGGCAAAAAAUGGCUCCUGGGCAGCGGGCUAUGGGAUCUGGAACACUGCAAUCCAGUCAGCCAUCCGGGUGCAGCACUGGAAGCUGCUCACGGGGAAUCCUGGCUACAGUGAUUGGGUUCCCCCUCAGGCUUUCAGCAAUCUGGGCCCAAACCGAUGGCACAAUGAGAGGAUUACCUUGUCAACUGGCAAAAGCAUCUGGCUUUUCAACAUCACAGCUGAUCCAUACGAGAGGGUGGACCUAUCCAGCCGGUAUCCUGGCAUCGUGAAGAAGCUGCUGCGGAGACUCUCGCAGUUCAACAAGACGGCAGUACCUGUCAGGUACCCCCCAAAGGAUCCCAGAAGCAACCCGCGGCUCAAUGGAGGAGUCUGGGGGCCAUGGUAUAAAGAGGAAAACAAGAAAAAGAAGGCAAACAAGACUAAGGCUGGGAAAAAGCAAAGGAAAGGUAAGACAAGGAGGAGAAAACAGCUGACAGCACACUCUUCAACAAAAUGCCACCCACGUAUGACCGCUGGCUAAAGGCAAGGCCUUCUGACUUGGUUAAGCUUAAGUCACCAGGUUUCUGGAUAUUUCGGAGAAUUUGCCUCAGAAAUACCACUACCUGCCGCCUCAGGCUUGUUUUCACUUCGCUCUCUGCUUGUGGCACCUGGCUGCCACGGGGACAAAACUACCCUCCAGCGUGCCAAAGGCGAUGCUUCUGCAGGUCACCCAGAGAGGAGUAUGAGGUUAUUUAUUUCUCUCUAGCCUGUAAAUGACGAGGCGGUUGACAAAACAGAGGGCUUUGAAUUGCCAUAGGGACUGUGACCUGGAGUGGAAGCAAGCACUAACCUGAUGGAAAUCACAGGGUAACAUGUUCAAAAAUGACUUUUGAUACAAAGA